CGCUGCUCAUGACAUCAUUGGGUUACUGGGCCCAGGUGCCAGGUGUUUCUGUCGCAAGUGUCUCGUGACUAGACAAGAGUUUCUAGCAAACACUAAUGCUAUGGGUCCAAGAAGAACAAAGGCUUCGUUCCAAGAACAUGUGAGACAAGUUUCUGAAAGACCUGCCUUUGCCACAGAGUGUGGUGUUCGAAGAGAAUGUCCCCUUCACUUCACCAGAGAAUUUGAUGCCAUGCAAGAUUCUGUUUUUGAUAUAUUUCACGAUUUUCUGGAGGGGGUUUGUCAGUGGGAUAUCUCUCUUGCCUUGCGUACUUUUAUAAAAUAUGACAAUUUAUUUACAGUUCAGGACUUCAAUGACCGCCUUGUUUCCUUCAACUAUGGAAUCAUGGAUAAGAAAAACAAGCCAACACCAAAUUUUACUAAUGAUUCCUUGCGUGGCAAGAAAUUAAAGCAAAAUGGCUGCCAAGUUUGGUGUCUAAUAAGAAUAUUUGGUUUCUUAGUUCCUGAGCCCGCCGCCCUCAAGACAUUGAUGCGGUAAGGGAUUUGGUUACAGA